AUGAUGUGUUUAAAAAUAUUAUCAAUUUUAAGAUUUUUAUUUUAAGUGAAAAGGCAUAUCUUGUGUAUUUUUUUGUUGUACAUGGAUGGAUGUGCUUGAAAAUAUGGCAAUAUUAACAUUUAGGAAAAUUAGAAAAUUAUUUUGAUGAAAAGAUUUAUUACCAAACAAACUGUUAAAUAAUUUCAAAUUGUUUUUAUUUUCUUCUUUUUCUUUUAAUUUUAGUAAAUCAAUUGAAAUUCCUGAAAAAGCAAUAAAAUUGGCUGAACAACAUAAUUUCGAAAUUAAAGCUUAUGCAUUUAAUGUUAUGCCGGAAGAACUUCGUAAACCUCGUAUAGUUCGUAUUGGUGCAAUACAAAAUUCAAUCUGUGAACCAACAUCAUAUCCAUUGGAGACUCAACGUAGAUCAAUUUAUGAAAAAAUAACAAAAAUUAUUGAUGCUGCCGCAUUAGCUGAUGUAAAUGUAAUUUGUAUGCAAGAAGCUUGGACAAUGCCAUUCGCAUUUUGCACUCGUGAAAAAUUUCCUUGGUGUGAAUUUGCUGAGAAUGCAGAACAUGGACCUACAACAAAACUUUUACAAGAAUUAGCUAAAAAAUAUAAUAUGGUUAUAAUUUCUCCAAUUCUAGAAAGAGAUUUUGAUCAUGGUGAUAUAAUGUGGAAUACAGCUGUAGUUAUAUCGAAUCGUGGGAAAAUUCUUGGCAAACAUAGAAAAAAUCAUAUACCAAGAGUUGAUGAUGUUAAUGAAUCAAAUUAUUAUUCGGAGGGAAAUACCGGACAUCCUGUGUUUGAUACAGAAUUUGGUAAAAUUGCUAUUAAUAUUUGUUAUGGUCGUCACCAUCCACAAAAUUGGAUGAUGUUUGGUUUAAAUGGAGCAGAAAUUGUAUUCAAUCCAUCAGCUAUUGGAUCUGCAAGUGAACCAUUAUGGGGUAUUGAAGCAAGAAAUGCUGCAAUAGCAAAUAACUAUUUUACAGUUGCGAUAAAUCGUGUAGGAGUAGAAAAAUUUCAAAAUGAAUUUACGUCAAGUAUAUUUUCGUAUUGUGGAUCAAGUUAUAUAACCGGCCCAGAUGGUUCAAAAACACAAGGACUUUCGAGAGCAAUGGAUGGUUUAUUAGUUGCUGAAAUCGAUUUAAAUUUAUGUCGUCAAAUGAAAGAUAAUUGGGGAUUUAGAAUGACUCAAAGAUUACCAUUAUAUGCAGAAUUAUUUACAGCCGCUGCUAAAGAAGAUUUUAAAACACAAAUUAUUAAAGCCAAACAUUAGAAUGGAUACACUUUUAUUAUGAAAUAUUAUAUGUUUAUAUAGAAUUGCUUAGUUUCAUCUAUUAUUUUUUUUAUGAGUCCAAGUUUAAAACUUUUUUUAAUUGUGCGCUAUAUGAAAAGUCGUUGUAUGUAAUUGUUAAUUCAUAUAAAAAAAAAAUUAGAUAUUCAAUAUUUUGAAAAUUAAAUGAAAAUGCAAAAUAGUUUAUUGUCAUAAAAUAAAAUAUAUUUUUUCUAUAUAUAUACUCUUUAAUAAA